UUUCCUCCCACCCUUUCCCCCAUAUUAAGACCCUCUCCUCACACACUGAAAUCUCAGGGAAGCAUAACAAAGCUUCUCUUUUUUCGAAAAAUAUAGGGUUUUCGUUUCUUAAAGACUUUGUCUUUCUCCAUCUGCUCUUAGCUUUAUAGUGCUGUUGAAGGUGGUGCUUUUUUUAUGUUGAUGCUGAAACUGAGAUGGUUGGAAAGGAGAACCUGAGAACUGAGGACUUGAACUUGUGCUUUGAGAAGCUCAUGAUGGUUGCUGGUGGUGGUGGUGGUGGUUGUGGUGGUGAGAAAGGAGGGAAGAUGAAAGCCGGGGUGAUCACUGAGUGGAAGGAUAUUCCUGUGGAGCUUUUGAUGCAGAUUUUGUCCCUUGUGGAUGAUCAAACUGUGAUCACAGCUUCUGGUGUUUGUCGUGGAUGGAGAGAUGCUAUUUACUUUGGCCUUGCUCGUUUGUCACUCUCAUGGUGUAGCAAGAACAUGAAUAACUUGGCCCUUUCUCUUGUUCCGAAAUUCACAAAACUUCAAACUCUAAUCCUUCGUCAAGACAAGCCUCAACUAGAGGAUAACACAGUUGAAAGGAUUGCAAAUUAUUGUCAUGACCUGCAGAUUCUGGACCUGAGUAAAAGCUUCAAACUCACCGAUCGGUCGCUGUAUGCCGUAGCCCACGGUUGUCCUGAUCUCACUAAACUCAACAUCAGUGGCUGCUCUGCUUUUAGUGACAAUGCUCUGGCGUACCUUGCCGGUUUCUGCAGGAAGCUGAAAGUCCUAAACCUCUGCGGAUGCGUUAGAGCAGCAACCGAUACUGCGUUACAGGCUAUUGGACACUACUGUAAUCAGUUACAGUCUUUGAACCUUGGAUGGUGUGAGAAUGUUGGUGAUGUUGGAGUGAUGAGUUUAGCAUAUGGCUGUCCUGAUCUAAGAAUAGUGGACCUGUGUGGCUGUGUCCUUAUAACAGAUGAUAGUGUGAUUGCAUUGGCAAGCAGAUGCCCAAGGCUCAGGUCCCUAGGACUAUACUACUGCAAGAACAUAACAGAUAGGGCAAUGUACUCAUUGGCACAGAGCAAAGUGAACAAGAGAAUGUGGGGAUCAGUGAAAGGAGGAGGAGGAGGAAAUGAUGAAGACGGGCUUAGAACUCUCAACAUAAGCCAAUGCACAGCACUGACACCAUCUGCAGUUCAAGCUGUUUGUGACUCAUUCCCUUCACUCCACACAUGCUCAGGUAGACACUCACUCAUCAUGAGUGGUUGCCUCAACUUGACUUCAGUUCAUUGUGCUUGUGCUGUUCAUGCUCACCGUGCUAUCAACAAUUUCCCUCACCCUGCUCAUUGAAACAAAGACUUCACACACUUCCAGGAAGUGCCCCCGUUGUGGGGUUCUGAGAAGUGAAAAAAGAAUGGCCUUGUGGAUAUGUUUGUGUUCGUUCAUCUUUUUAUGCUUAAAGAGACUUUUGAAUCCUUCUUGUUUAUGUAGGACUUUGUGACAUCAUUAUGUACUUAAAACUUUUUCUUUGAACUUUGAUGCCGUUUGGAAAGGACUUGAGAAAACCAUGGGUGGUUCUUGUGGAAAGCAUCAAGAGAUAAUGUUUCAUUUUUA